AUGGCAUCAGCAGUGUCCAUGGAGGCUCCCAUAUGUCUGGUUGAAAACAGAAAUGGAGAGCUGACAGUAAACCUGCAAGCCCUACGGAUUCUUACUUCCAUUACCAAGCCAGUGGUGGUGGUAGCUAUAGUUGGCAUGUACCGUACUGGAAAAUCCUACCUGAUGAACAGGCUGGCAGGAAAGAACACAGGCUUCUCCCUUGGCUCCACCGUGCAGUCUCAUACAAAGGGCAUCUGGAUGUGGUGCGUCCCUCACCCCAGAAAACUUGACCACACCUUGGUUCUGCUUGACACUGAAGGCCUCGGAGAUGUGGAAAAGGGUGACUCCAAGAAUGACUCCUGGAUCUUUGCCCUGGCCAUCCUGCUCAGCAGUACUUUUGUCUACAACAGUAUGAACACCAUCAACCACCAGGCCUUGGAACAGAUGCAAUAUGUAACAGAGCUGACAAAGCUAAUCAAGGUUAAAUCCUCACCUAAUGCUGUUGGAGAAGACUCAGCAGAGUUUGUGGGCUUCUUCCCAGACUUUGUGUGGACUGUGCGAGAUUUCACCCUGGAGCUUAAGGUAGAUGGACGAACCAUCACCGCAGAUGACUACCUGGAAAAUGCCUUGAAACUCAGUAAAGGCAACCAUCCCAAAGUUGAAAUUGUCAACCUUCCACGAGAGUGCAUCAGAAAAUUCUUUCCAAAGAGGAAGUGUUUCACAUUUGACCGUCCAACAAAUGAUAAGUCACUUUUAGCCCAUCUUGAAGAUGUCCAAGAAAGCCAGCUGGAACCUGCAUUCAAGGAUCAAGCAGACAACUUCUGCUCUUACAUCUUUUCCACUGCAAAACCCAAGACCCUUAGUGGGGGAAUCGUGGUCAAUGGGAAUCGGUUGGGAAAGCUGCUGGAGACCUAUGUGAAGACAAUCUCUAGUGGAGAUAUUCCCUGCCUGGAGAAUGCAGUGUUGGCCUUGGCUCAGACUGAGAACUCAGCUGCUGUACAAAAAGCUACUGAGCAUUAUGUAGAGCAGAUGGUCCUACAGGUGGUGUUCCCCACAGAAACCCUCCAGGACCUGCUAAGCCUACAUACAGACUGUGAGAAAGAAGCUAUCUCAAUUUUCAUGAAGCAUUCUUUCAAGGAUGACACACACAAGUUCCAGGAGGAACUAGUGAAAAUCUUAGAAUCCAAGAAGGAUGAUUUCAUACAUCAAAAUGAGGAAGAAUCAAUCAAAUAUUGUCAAACUAAGCUUGAAUACCUCUCAAAGAACCUGAUGGAAGCCAUUUCUCAAGGCACCUUCUCUGUGCCAGGGGGUUACAAGCUCUACAGGAAAGAAAGAGAAAAAAUAAUGAAUGAUUAUCACCAAGUUCCCAGGAAAGGAGUAAAGGCAGACGAGGUCCUCCAAAGGUUUCUACAGUCACUGGCCAUGACAGAAGAAUCCAUCCUGCAGACAGAUCAAGCUCUCACUGAACAAGAGAAGGCUUUAGAAGCUGAACAAGUGAAAAGAGAAGCAGCUGAGAAGGAGCAGAGCUUGUUGAAACAGCAACAAAUGGAAAUGCAACAGAAGAUGGAAGCUCAGCAGAGAACUUAUGAAGAAAAUGUCAAGCAAUUGGAAAAGAAGAUGGAGGAAGAGAGGAUCCAGAUCCUGAGAGAACAGGAAAUGAUUCUGGAUCAUAAGCUAAAGGAACAAAAGAAGCUGUUGGAGGAAGGGUUUCAUGCAAAAGCUGAAGAGAUGAAAAGACAGGUGGAAGACCUACAAAAUAAGAUUAAAGAUGCUGAGAGACAAAAGCCCUCCUUGUUCUCCUCAAUUUUAGAUGGUUUGGGCGAUGCAUUGAUGAUCGUGUUACCUGGUGUAGGAAAAUUCUUUGGCUUGGGGGUAAAGGCAUUGAGCAAAACGGUAUCAUAACCAGAUGGGUUUCAGUUUCUCAAAAAAAGUUAAAGAAUGUAUUUGUUCCAUCUAAUAAAACAUGGUUCUGAGACUUCCUUAUA